AUGAAUAAAGCUUUGCUUCUGCUUUUUUUGGUUUUCUGUAAUAGUUCUCACUCUAGUGGACUCAUUACUAAUGUCACCACAAGACCUGAUGUAUUGAACAUUGGUUCGAUAUUCACUUUCGAUUCCGUCAUUGGCAAAAUCGCAAAACUUGCAAUAUCAACUGCAGUUGAAGAUGUGAAUUCCAAUCCCAACAUUCUCAAUGGAACAAAGCUCUCACUCAAAUUGCACAACACCAAAUCGAGUGACUUCCUCGGAAUUGUUGAAGGUAUGAAAAAUCUUCAGGCAAAAAGAUUACUUAAUGACACUUCUUUGGGGCUAAACACAUAUGGCCUGUAUGCGUAUGAUUCAGUGUUGCUUCUUGCUCAAGCAAUCGAAUCAUUUUUCGCUAAUGGGGGCAACAUUUCCUUUUCAAAUGACACAAAUUUGAGGGAAUUAAGUGGUGGGAAGUUGAAUCUUGAUGCUUUGAACAUUUUCAAUGGAGGCAGGCAAUUGCUCAAAAUCAUUUCAGAAGUUAACAUAACUGGCUUAACAGGGCUUAUGAAGUUUGAUGCGGAUGGGAACUUGCUCAAUCCUACAUUUGAAGUCAUCAAUGUGAUUGGCACAGGGACUAGAACUAUUGGCUAUUGGUCUAACUCCUCUGGUUUACAUGUUCUUCCUCCAGAAAAGCUCCAAAUGAAGCUGCAGACUAAUGACCCCAGCGCCGGUGCUCAAAAACUGUACAGUGUGAUCUGGCCUGGACAAACAACUCAGAAGCCUCGUGGAUGGGCUUUCCCGGACAAUGGAAGAAAGCUCAGGAUUGGAGUCCCCAAUCGAGUCAGCUACCACGAGUUUGUAGGUGUAAAAGGCACUGAUAUCACUGGUUACUGCAUUGAGGUCUUUCAAGCUGCACUAAAUGAGUUACCAUAUGGUGUACCAUUCAAAUAUGUCUCUUUUGGAGAUGGUACCAAAAACCCAGAAAACAAUGAUCUUCUGCACAGAAUCCAAAUUGGGGAAUUUGAUGGUAUAGUAGGAGAUAUUACAAUCACUACAAACAGAACAAAGAUGGUGGAUUUUACACAACCUUAUAUUGAGUCAGGGCUAGUUGUGGUUGCUCCAAUAAGGAAGAUGAAUUCUAGUGCUUGGGCUUUUCUGAGACCUUUUACUCCAAUGAUGUGGGGUGUUACUGGUGUGUUCUUCCUAGUUGUGGGAGCAGUUGUUUGGAUUUUGGAGCGCAGGACUAAUGAGGAUUUCAGGGGGCCUCCAAGAAGGCAAUUUGUCACAAUUGUUUGGUUUAGCUUUUCGACUUUGUUCUUCUCCCAGAAAGAGAAAACUGGCAGCACACUUGGUCGCUUUGUGCUGAUCAUAUGGCUAUUUGUAGUGCUAAUACUCAACUCCAGCUACAUUGCAAGCUUGACGUCGAUCCUCACAGUGGAGCAACUUUCUUCACCUGUGAAAGGGAUUGAAAGUUUAGCAACAAGCACUGAUCCCAUUGGUUUUCUAAGGGGUUCCUUUGCUGAAGCUUACUUAACCGACGAGCUGAACAUACAUCACAACAGACUCUUUCCCCUUAACUCGCCUGAAGAGUAUGAGAAGGCCUUGAAGAAUGGUCCUAGUGCAGGUGGUGUUGCUGCAGUGAUUGAUGAGCGUGCAUACAUGGAGCUUUUCCUCUCUAGUCGAUGUGGAUACAGUAUUGUUGGUCAAGAGUUCACCAAAAUGGGUUGGGGAUUUGCCUUUCCAAGGGACUCGCCAUUGGCAAUCGACAUGUCGACCGCAAUAUUGAAGCUAUCGGAGAACGGAAUCCUUCAAAAGAUUCAUGACAAAUGGCUAAUGAAAAGUGCUUGCAGUGCAGAAGGAGCAAAGCAGGCAGUAGACCGCCUUCAGCUGAAGAGCUUCUGGGGACUCUUUCUACUAAGCGGCAUUGCUUGCUUUCUUGCUCUCAUUCUUCAUGUUCUUCGCAUGGUUCAACAGUACUACCGGCAUGUAGAUUGCGACAUUGAGAGCUCGCAAUCUACACGACGACUCAAGUCGUUUGUUUCAUUUGUAAAUAAGAGGGAACGAGAAGUGAAAAGCAGGUCCAAGAGAAGAAGGACAGAGAAUAAAGCCUCAAGUAAGGUAGUGCAUGAUCAAGAAUGCAGCAGUAGUGAUGGUUUGGAGCGGGAAGUUCAGCUUGACUAACUAGACGAGUGCUCUUGUACACUGCUUAGCAGUAAAGCCUAAACAUGUAUCCCUUAAAUUUCAACCAACUUUUAUCAAAGACUUAGGUGAUCAUCACAGAAUAAUACAUAUACAGGUGCCCUUUGUGCAGAUGUAAUCAAAUGUUAAAUACUAAACUAGCUGAGAUUG